GUCUCUGAUCACACUUUUAAGCGGGUGCAACAAUCAGCUUUGACGAUGUCGGUGGAAAAUGUGCCGAGUGACGGUGCGACGAUGAGGGCGGCGGCGGGCGGCGGCUACGCGGGCAAACUACCCUCCGAGAUCGGGACGGAUUACACGUUCAAGAGGAGGAUCGUGUGGAAGAACGCCGUCGGGUUCCUGCUGCUCCACCUGAUCGGGUUCUACGGGAUCUAUCUCGUGUUCACCAGUGCCUAUCUCGCCACUUUUAUUUUCAUGUUUACUCUGGUAGCAGUUUCCGGAGAGGGUGUAACAAUAGGGGCACACCGUUUAUACUCUCACAAGGCAUUCAAAGCAACCCGGCUGUUAAAAUUCAUCUUAAUCAUAGCACAAACCAUCGCCGGAGAGAAUUGUAUGUACAUAUGGGUCAGAGAUCACCGGCUGCACCACAAGUACAGCGACACUGAUGCUGACCCCCACAACGCACACAGAGGCUUCUUCUUCUCCCACAUGGGUUGGUUGAUGAGCAAAAAGCACCCCGCCGUAAUAGAGAAGGGCAAACUCAUCGACAUGUCCGACCUGGAGGCCGACGACCUCGUCAUGUUCCAAAAGAAGUAUUACAAGCCCCUGUACUUCGUGUUCGCCAUGUUCCUGCCCAUCGCGACGCCGGUCUGGCUGUGGAACGAGUCCCUGUACAACUCCUUCAUCAUCAACUUCUUCACCAGGUACGUGCUGAUCCUGCACAUCACCUGGUCCGUGAACAGCGUGGCCCACUUCUUCGGCACCAAGCCCUUCGACCGGUUCAUGCUGCCGGUCGAAAGCUACUUCGUCUCGUUCGUCACCUUCGGCGAGGGCUGGCACAACUACCAUCACACCUUCCCCUGGGACUACAGGGCGUCGGAGCUGGGCGCCAGGUUCAGCGUCACCACUCACUUAAUCGACAUGCUGGCGUGGCUGGGGCUGGCGUACGACCUGAAGACGGCCUUGGAGUCCACCAUCGAGAACAGGUGCAGGAGGACGGGCGACGGCAGCCACCCCAAGUACGGGCACCACGUGGAGGAGAAGAAAGAGGGCAAAUUGGAGGAGGUUCAUUUGCGGCAUAGGAUGUCCGCCUUAGGUUAACAUUAAUUAGCAAUAACUUAGCCAGAACUGUUGUUUGAUACAGUUUUAUAAUGUUUUUAAAUAACUUACUUUCUUUAUUUGUGAUAUACAUGGUUAUUUUUUGCAAUUAGUAAGACUGUAGAAUUUUAUUCUAAUUAAAUUAUAAUAAAAAUUAUUAUACAAUA